CUACAGGCCUGGAGGGGCGCCAUUCACCUACCCUUUCUCCGUGAACCCUGUGUCUCUGGCGUCUUCUUUCUUCGGACUCUGCUUUGUUACCGAGUUAAACUAAAAACCUGAAACACUUUUCUCGAGGCUUUGGUUUCGGGUACAUGGGACACCUUCUUGAGGACUAUGGUGCAAGGGGGAUUCGGGGCUGUAGGGUUCGGGAGAUGAGCUUUAUGGACGUCCCAGAUUCGGAGUUUUUCCCCUUAAAACCUUGGCGGCGCUUCCCGAAUUCUAAGCCGGCUGUGCUUCCACAUGUCCGUGGACGUGGAGAGAAAGAGAGUGAAAACCUCCAGUUCGCUGGCAGAACUAGAGAUGCCAUUAGGCUGUUAUUUUAUCCAAUGUGAGAAGUCAGCCCAGAGAUGGAAAACUUCAUUCUGUAUGAGGAGAUUGGCCGAGGAAGCAACACUGUUGUUUAUAAAGGGCGUCGGAAGGGAACAAUCAAUUUUGUAGCUAUUCUUUGUACUGAUAAGAACAAAAGGCCUGAAAUAACCAAUUGGGUCCGUCUCACCCAUGAAAUUAAACACAAAAACAUCGUAACUUUUCAUGAAUGGUAUGAAACCAGCAAUCAUCUCUGGCUAGUGGUGGAACUCUGCACAGGUGGUUCCUUAGAAAUGGUUAUUGCUCAGGAUGAAAACCUACCAGAAGAUGUUGUUAGAGAAUUUGGGGUUGACCUCAUUACUGGAUUACAUCAUCUUCAUCAGCUUGGCAUUCUCUUUUGUGACCUUUCUCCUGGCAAGAUACUCUUGGAAGGGCCUGGCACAUUGAAGUUUAGUAAUUUUUGCUUGGCCAAAGUAGAAGGUGAAAAUUUGGAAGAGUUCUUUGCUUUGGUGGCAGCAGAAGAAGGCGGAGGUGAUAGUGGGGAAAAUGUACUGAAGAAAACUGUAAAAAGUAGAGCCAAAGGAUCUCUUACAUAUACAGCACCAGAAAUUUUAAGGGGUUCUGACUUCUCCAUCACCAGUGACCUCUGGUCUUUGGGCUGCCUGCUUUAUGAAAUGUUUUCAGGGAAACCUCCAUUCUUCUCAGAAACUUUUUCAGAAUUAGUUGAAAAGAUUUUUUAUGAGGAUCCUUUGCCACCUAUUCCAAAAGAUCCUUCUCUUCCUAAAGCUUCUUCAGAUUUUAUUAAUUUGCUUGAUGGUUUACUUCAAAAGGAUCCUCAGAAGAGAUUAACUUGGGCAGGCCUACUGCAGCAUUCAUUUUGGAAGGAUGCCUUCACUAGGAAAGAUCAGGAAUCAAGCAUUGAGGAUUCCAACAUCAGCAGGAAAGUGAUGGAGCUUUCUGGGACACAAGAUCGCAAGGAGUUUUUGAAGCCUCCGAGCGGACAAGCCAAGGGGGAGAAGAGCGGUCAGCGAUUAAGUCACUCUUUCAGACUAGAAAAUCCAGCCGAGUUGCGGCCUAAAAGUACUGUUGGAGGUCAACCGAAUGAGUCCAUGUUUCUUCUCAGUUCUCGUCCAACUCCAAGAACGAGCACUGCAGUGGGAUUAAGUCCUGGUGAGGACAGGACUCAGCAUUCACCUCAGAAGACUUCUCCUUCAACCAAGAAUAUAAGUGGACACCUGAGUCAGCAGGACCUGGAAUCCCAAAUGAGAGAGCUUAUCUACAUGGACUCUGAUCUCGUUGUCACCCCGAUCAUCGACAACCCAAAGAUAAUGAAACAACCACCAAUUAAAUUUGAUCCAAAGAUACUGCAUCUCCAGGCACAUUCAGUGGAUAAGUUAAUAUUUCUAAAAGACCAAGAUUGGAAUGACUUUUUACAGCAAGUGUGCUCACAGAUCGACUCCACUGAAAAGAGCACAGGGGCCUCCCGAGCGAAGCUCAAUCUCCUUUGCUAUCUGUGUGUUGUGGCUGGACACCGGGACGUGGCUACCCGGCUCCUCCAUUCCCCGCUGUUCCAGUUGCUAAUCCAGCAUUUGAGAAUAGCUCCAAACUGGGAUAUACGGGCCAAGGUUGCUCGGGUGAUUGGUUUACUGGCCUCGCACACAACUGAGCUCCAGGAAAAUACACCGGUUACUGAGGCAAUUACUGUCUUAACUGAAUUAAUUAGGGAAAACUUCAGAAACAGUAAAUUAAAGCAGUGCCUCUUACCAACCCUUGGGGAGCUGAUCUACCUUGUAGCCACCCAGGAAGAAAAAAAAAAGAACCCUAGAGAGUGUUGGACUAUUCCCUUGGCCGCGUACACAGUGCUAAUGAGGUGCCUUCGGGAAGGGGAAGAACGUGUUGUGAAUCACAUGGCUGCAAAGAUUAUUGAAAACGUCUGCACUACCUUUUCUGCUCAGGCCCAGGGCUUUAUUACAGGGGAAAUUGGACCUGUCUUAUGGUACCUAUUCAAACAUUCCACUGUUGAUUCUCUCAGGAUCACAGCAAUAUCGGCCUUGUGUAGAAUCACCCGUCAUUCUCCUACUGCCUUCCAGAAUGUUAUUGAGAAGGUGGGACUAAACUCCGUGAUAAACUCCCUGGCCUCAGCCAUCUGCAAAGUUCAGCAGUACAUGUUGACCUUAUUUACUGCAAUGUUGUCUUGCGGGAUUCAUCUUCAGAGGCUAAUCCAAGAAAAGGAUUUUGUCUCUACAAUUAUUCGUUUACUUGACAGCCCCUCAACUUCCAUUAGGGCAAAAGCCUUCCUCGUUCUUUUAUAUAUUUUAAUUCAUAACCGCGAGAUGCUGCUGCUCGGCUGCCAAGCAAGACUGGUGAUGUACAUCGAGAGAGACAGCAGAAAGACCACUCCAGGCAAGGAGCAGGAAAGCAGCAAUGAAUACCUGUCCAGAUGCCUGGACCUUCUCAUCCAUCACAUUGUGAAGGAACUGCCACGUAUCCUAGGUGACAUUCUUAAUGCCUUGGCUAAUGUUUCUGGCCGCAAACACCCAUCAACAGUGCAAGCGAAGCAGCUGAAGCUAUGUCUACCCCUGAUGCCUAUCGUGCUUCACCUCGUAACUUCUCAGGUAUUUCGACCUCAAGUUGUAACAGAAGAAUUCCUUUUCAGUUAUGGAACUAUUCUUAGUCAUAUUAAAUCUGUAGACUCAGGAGAAACUAACAUAGAUGGAGCUAUAGGACUGAUGGCAUCGGAAGAAUUUAUCAAGAUCACAUUGUCGGCUUUUGAAGCAAUAAUACAGUAUCCUAUUUUGUUGAAAGACUAUUGCUCUACGGUUGUUGACUAUAUCCUGCCACCCUUGAUCUCCUUGGUUCAGAGCCAAAAUGUGGAGUGGAGACUCUUCAGCUUGCGGUUACUCUCAGAAACCACAUCUCUACUCGUGAACCAGGAGGUUCGGGAUGAUAAGAAGGAGGCGAAUGUCGACUUUGACAGCAAUCUGCUAGCUCUCAUUAGAGACGUCUUACUUCCCCAGUAUGAGCACAUCCUCAUAGAGCCUGACCCAGUCCCAGCAUAUGCUCUGAAAUUGCUAGUUGCGAUGACAGAACACAACCCAACUUUCACCAGACUUGUGGAAGAGAGCAAACUGAUCCCACUCAUUUUUGAAGUAAUUCUGGAACAUCAGGAGAACAUUCUGGGUAACACCAUGCAAAGUGUGAUUGCAUUGCUCAACAAUCUGGUUGCCUGCAAAGAUUCAAAUAUGAAGCUACUUUAUGAACAAGGACUGGUCCGCCACGUCUGUGACCUGUUCACUGAAACCGCCACACUGUGCUUAGAUGUGGACAACAAGAACAACAAUGAGACGGCAGCUGCACUGCUCUUCUCCCUGCUCGAUAUCCUGCAUGGCAUGCUGACCUACACGUCCAGUGUCGUUCGGCUGGCUCUGCAGGCACAGAAGUCUGGCUCAGGAGGGGACACUCAGGCUGCCGAGGACCUGCUGCUGCUCAGCAAACCUCUGACAGACCUCAUUAGCCUGCUCAUUCCGCUGCUUCCAAAUGAGGAUCCUGAAAUUUUUGAAGUGUCAUCCAAGUGUCUUUCCAUACUGGUUCAGCUGUAUGGAGGGGAAAACCCAGACAGCCUGUCUCCUGAAAAUGCAGAGAAUUUUGCCAAUUUACUGACAUCCAGGGAGGACCCAAAAGAGCAGAAGCUUCUGUUGAAGAUUCUCAGAAGAAUGGUCACAUCUAAUGAGAAGCACCUGGAGAGCCUCAAGGAUGCGGGCAGCCUUCUGCAGGCUCUGGAGUGGCUGGCCCCAGCUGGGGGUUCGUCUGCUGACAGUGUGGUGGCUUCCUUGGCCCUGGAAAUCCUGCAAGCUGUUGGACAUUAGGCAAGAGGGCACUGGGCACAAGCCUGCUCUGCAGCACCCACCCUUGGCUGUGCACAUUCACCACAUCACCACCCGUAGCUCUGGACUUAAUAAAGUCAGCUGAACCAGAA